UUGAUCCGCCCGCACAUCUCUCCGCCCGCGCCGCCCGGCACUCGCCAUGGAGCCGAGCCGCUCCAAUUCUGAGAGCUCGAACCCGCAGGCCUCGGCCAAAGAGAGCUGGCGUGCAUGGUCCGGGCGAGAUGCGGGCUCCGAAGCCUACAAGUUUGGGGACUUCUCCCGUGGCCUCUUCAGCCAGAUGAAGGCAGGCGUCUUGGACCUUAAGCAGAAGGCCAACGACACUGCCUUGUCUCUCAAGGAGGAGCACGAGCAGCGGGCGGUGGAGUACGUGCGCGGGCUGGCAGCAGAAGACGAGGAGGUGGCGGAGAUCUCUCAGAACGCGCUGGAGGUGAAAGAGACCACCAGUGCCGAGCGCUUCUGGGCCGACCUCCGUAAGGAUGCUCAUACAGACCACGACCAGACCAACGAGGACCUUGAUUCCGAGGAGUUCUGUGGCGCUUUGCGUGUGGAGGUGGUACAGCUCGGCAGCGAGGGCCGGCCAUUGGCAAAGGCGGACAAGAAGGCCUUGAAGCCCAUCCUGCUGCUGAGUUUGCACAACAAGCGCAGCGGCGGCCUCAAGGAGAGCCAGAGCUGCGCCUUUCAGGUGAGGCAUGUGGUGGGCGCAGAUUUGGGGGUCUACACCUACGAUAGGGCGGGGUCCAAGUUCGACAUCGGCAUGGAGGACGCCUCCUUCUGCGGGGGCUGCGCGGUGCCUUUGACGGCGAUCCUGGAGCGCGACGCACAGAGCACGCUCAAGAGUAGCUUCUCACAGACCAGGUUCGAGGCGCGGGUGGUGCUGAACUUGCUGCCCUUGGCCCUGGUGCGCAGCGGCCGGAAGCUGGAGCCCGGGGAGGUCACCGGGGCCAAGCGCCCGCAGGAGGAGCUGGGCACGGUGACCCUGAAGCUGUCGCUGGAGCUGAAGCAGAGCCCCGCGCAGCUCUACUUCCAGCCCUUUCGCGGGGAGCUCCCGGCCACGGUGAUCCGAGGCCACGUGAGCGACCCCUUCAGCGUGAUCCGCGCGGCGGGGCUGGCCAUUGCGCGGAUCAGCUUCGCCCUGAAGAUGGAUCAGUGGAAGGCGGCGAUGGACGAGAUGCGCGAGGGCAUGCUGAGCCCCGUGCUGAUCUUGUGGUGGACCUAUCUGGUGCUGGUCACACCCGUCUGGACCUGGCCCCUACUCUUCAACCUUUUCCUCGGGCUCUUCGCUUGGGCCUUGCAGAGGGUGGCCCAGCAGAGGACCUGCGAGGAGCGCCGCCGUCUCUAUGCUGACGAGGGCGCGGCCAACAAGGAGGGUACGUAG